CGUAGAUUUCUUGAUUCAUAAUAAAACAAACAUAUGCCAAUAAUAAUGCUGCAUUAUCAGGUAAAGUUGACUCGUCCAGUUGUAUAGAGAAAUGGGUCUAUUGUUGCUUAAGGGAAUUCUUUUAAUGAUAUCAGAUGCAGGUUUGUGUAAAACAGUUUUUAAAACCUCUUCAACGGCUGGCAAAAUUAAGUUCUCUCCGAUAGUAUACGGUAACGAUAGUAGUAACGAGAUAUUGUAAGACGCCCGCAAACCAUUAUCAUUUCUUUGUGACGUCGAAGCGAACAUUCUGUCCAGUGUAG